CCCGUCUGUCCUUGAUGAGAGAGUGUAUUUCUGAGUACUAUAAAUAUCAUGAUUCAUUACCCCCGAGAGACGGUAGAGUUGUGCAACCUUAAUAACAUAACCGCGCUUGCAAAUUUUUCUCACAGCCUUCAUUUAUGUUGGUAUAUGAAAUUGUACUCCCUGCUGAACUAUCUGUAUCCACAGAACGUAUCCCGUUGUAAUACAUUACCAUCCGUAAAAAUUGUUUUUUCAAAAUGUACUACUCCCUCGUCGCUCGCAUCUUCUAACUUAGAAAUAGUGUUCCGUUUUGGUUUAUUGACCGUCUAGGAGCUAAGAACAUCAGAAGAAAUUCCCAUUUCGUGUGCCUGCUUCGAGUUCUAUGAUCAACUUUCGAAGAUAGAGAAGUUGUAACAAAUAAUUAGAAAUGUCAAUAUCUUCUUCCUCUCGUCACUCCUCGCGACAGACCACCGGGAAUGGUGGAAGUGAGGGCGCACUCGAAGAUGACGCGGACAGGACGUUUGGGUCUGACGGGAUCGGCGAUGAACUUGGACUCGGAGAGGAAGAUCAAGAUGAACUUGGAUUCGACGAUGAGGAAAUGAUAUUCGACGAUGAGAUAACGUCAGUCUUACGUGCUUGGCUUUUGUCUUCUGCUAGUAAGACAGAAGCUAUCCGAAAGCAAAGGUCAAAAGCAAGGAGACCACAGAUGUAUCGAGUUAGGCAUUUGAGACCUGAUCCGAAGAUGGAAGAUAUGGAUGAGACGGAUAAAAACAGCCAUCACAAGAUGCGAAACCGAGAUAACACGCGUUUUUUUGACUAUGAUGCAGUGGCUACGCGGGUUUUAGUCGACGAUAGUCGAAGGCGGUUGUACAUGCCAGAAAAUGCUGCGAAUUACACGAAGCCACCGGCCUCGUCUGUAGAAACCUUGCCGUUUUCCAUAGCCCAAACGCUUCCCGUUGAGGAUUUUUUGAAAGAAAAAGAUCACUCAACCUUGAUGUGGGCAGCGUCUUUGCGAAUGUCAGGUGCAGAUGUCGAGGCCGAAGGGAAGAAGAAAGUCAUGGCAGCCAUGCGAACGAUUGAUAGACUCCGGGAACGACCUGCAAAAGCGGCUCUAGACACCAAUCUAGAAUUGGUGAUGGAUUCGUCCAGCAACGGUUACAACAACUUUGGCAUGGGAAUGAGAGGUUAUGAAGCUGAUUAUUCUAAUGAUGACGAAGUAGAGUCAUCUACUUCUAGAAUGAACGAUUCUAGAACUUCCUCUAGCACGACUGGUGCAGGUUCAAAAAUCGUUGGGAAGCCUUUCGGAGGACGUCGCGGUUCGUCAUCUUCUACUGCUUCUUGAUAGUUGUGUGGAUGAGGGGCAGUAAGACUAAGAGACACAGAUGAAAUUGACAUUGUUUGUUGUACGAAAGUAGACGUGGUAGCGCUCAUUGGCAUUCUUCUAUACGCAAAAAAGAAGUAGUGCUCCUGGACGCAAUGAAUUGCAUCCACAAUAUCUACCCGAG